CCCUUACUCAGGAAGUGACUGUGAUGGUGAUGCUUGAUAUUUCCCAUUUUUUAUGUGAUAAUGCUGGGUUCAACCUUGAAUGGUGACCCAUACAUAGCUGCAGAGGCAGCACGUCACAGUCAACGUGCAAGGAAAAGACAUCGUGCACGCCACUUGAAAUCUCGCCUAGGGUGUUUCUCCUGCAAGUCGCGACGGGUCAAAUGCGAUGAAGUUCGCCCUGUCUGCGGCUCUUGCGAUUCGCGGAGGGAGCAAUGCAUAUUCCCCGAUCCACCAACAACUUCCCUCAAACCAAUCAGCUCUUCUCGAGAUCGACAAGAAUCGACACGCCGCUCGAGGGACGGUAGUCUCCGUCAUGCCCGAUCUUCCCUAGAGCCAUGGGAGGCGGGUGCUUCUGCGCCAGUAGACGAUGGCCUGCGUAUGGAUGACCUCCUCUCCUUGCAGUUCUUCCAUCUGCAUACUGCCCCGGGGAUGUCUCUACAUCCAAAACGAAACAUGGCAUGGCGGCGGGUAAUCCCCCGCCUCGCCGAAAAGCACCGUUAUCUCAUGCACCUCCUUAUCGCCCUGGGCGGCCUUCACAUGAUCACGGAUCGGCUGAGGCCAAGGCCGGGUGAAGAUGACCACUCGGAUACGGUAGAUUUGCGGGUGGUACUGGAUCGCUAUCAGAGAGGGCUGCAGGACUUCAGAACAGAAGUGGCCAAGAUAUCCAUCUCAAAUGCCGAAGCCGUGUACGCAGGCUCCCUACUCCUCGUCGCCUUCUUCUAUGCAUCCCUCCACGUCCCCGAGCUAAAUCUGGCCUGGACGACUGGCAUUCCUAUUUCUGUUCCCUAUGACCCUGCUCUAAGCAACCAGACCCUUUCCCCAACUAACAGGCCCGAGGUAAGCUGGUUGCACUUGAUCCGGGGGGUGUCGAUCGUGGCCCAAGACCAAUGGCCUGCCUUAAAGGCCAGCAGAAUCCGGCCACUGGUACUACAUUUCCAUGGAGAUGAGUACUGGACAGACCUUCCCUUUGAUCCAUCCUUGUCCAAACUCAGCCACUGCUCUCCUCUCCUGCAGGUAUUCGCCCAGGGAGCUUUUCAAGCGGUCGCGGACUUGAGAACUUUCUACGCCCCCCAUCAGCUGAGCCAUAGUUACGGGCUUUCCUCAACAUCCGUCUCGCCUCCAAGCGCAUCGGAGGGGGCAGUGGAUGGACUAUCAAUGUCCAUAAAUGUCCUGGAACGCGUCUAUUCGCGCAUUAUCUCUGUUCUCCAAUGUUCAGUCCUCGAGCAUGGCUUUCCAGAUGAUUCUGAUAUUCAGGACAAUCUGGAAGAGGCCGCAGUGCUAGGUUGGCCGGGUUUGCUUCCCGAUGUCUUUAUUGGCUCACUGGAGGUCGACGAACCAGGGCAUCCCACCUGGGGACUUUCAUUGAUCAUCUUGGCUCAUUUCUAUGUCGUCAACACAUUGGUAGACCGCUGGUACUUGCGCGCUUUCAAGGAUGAAAUCCUGAAGAUCCAAGAAUCCGUCUCUAGUUUACAUGACGCUGCGUUGGAUCGGCUUCUUAUAUGGCUGUCGAAGAUUGCCACCUCUUGAGCAGACUUUUAGCUUCGUGGAUCUGACAAACCCCCAUGUACUUUUCUUUGAUAUAGAUAAUAUUUAGAGCAGGAGCCUUUAUAGAGAAGAUAUAACCAGA